AUGACAACGAACCAUAGACCAACAUUAGAGAGUAAACGAGGAAAAGCUGUUCCGAUUUCAAAUACAAUAUUUCAUUCGAGAUCUUUACCUCAACAUACAUCUUUGAAAUACAGGAAUGACAUACGAAAGCCGAAGGUUGAUACCAAGAUAGGAAAGCAAGCUGUAGAAGAAUUGAAAAAGGAUUUACUUCUGAAUGAAGGUAGGCUGGAAGAUUCUUUAAAAAUUAAAAAACCAUUAAAAGACGGUAAUCUUCUGGAGGAUGAGCCUAUGAAUAAAACCACUGAUAACAAAGACAAUAAGGAGGAUAACGAAUAUAAUGAAGAAUCAAUAACAAAUGACGAAGACAGUAGCUUUGAAGAUGAUGCUGAAGAUGACUCUGAAGAUGAAACUGCUGAACUAAUGGCGGAGCUUGCUAAAAUUAAAAGGGAAAGGCAGGAAGAAAAAGAAAAAAUAGAACUGCAAAAUAAAAUUGAUAAAACGAAAGUUUCAAACCCAUUGGUGCAAGUAGCAGACACUUCUUCUGGAGCAAACUUUAAAAUUAAGAAGAGUUGGAGAGACAGCACUGCUUUCAAAAAGCAAAACUCGCAAAAUAAAACAGAAGAUGAAGUGUUUACAAAUGAUACUUUAAAUUCUGACUUUCAUCAAAGUUUUUUAACUAAGUAUAUAAGAUAG